AUGGUAGCGUCUACGGAGCUAGAUGGCCUAAUGGGAGUGGUGGCACUGAAGAAACUUUUUCGUCUCAAAGCAGAGGACCUGUCCUUCGGCAAGAGCUUUCGGAAUGAAGUGAAAUGCUUGACGGAAAUAAGGCAUAGGAGCAUACUCAAGCUCCAUGGUUUCUGCUUAGAUAGGCGGUGCAUGUUCUUGAUUUACGAAUACAUGGAAAAUGGGACUCUUUCCCGUGCUCUGAGAGAUGACGUCAAAGCAGUGGAAUUCGAUUGGUCCAAAAGAGUCAAUCUCGUCCGGGAUACCAAACACGUUUUGUCUUACAUGCACCAUGACUACUCUCGACCAAUCGUUCAUCAAGACAUAUCGAGCAACAACAUCUUACUCAAUGGCAAGAUGCAGGCUUUCGAUUUUGGCACCGCAAGACUUCUGGAUCAUGAUUCCUCAUCUAACUUCACUGCAAAUAUCCCCGGCACCUAUAGAUGUAUUGCACCAGAGCUCGCAUAUACUUUGGUCGUUAAUGAAAAAUGCGGCGUAUAUAGCUUUGGAGUGGUAGCAAUGGAAACAAUGAUGGGCGAGCAUCCAGGAGAUAACUGUAUCUACGUUGCUGACAUCCCUUGGGGAAGAUAUCAUGCUGUAUACAAUCAUAGACCCGCGGUUGCCUUUUUCAAGAGAGAACUCUGUCGGAAGAAUUAUUGUUCCGAUAGUUUCUCUGGCGCUCGCUUGCUUGAGUGCUAACCCAAAGUCCCGACCAACUAUGAAGCAAGUCUCGGAAGCUUUUCUAGCUCGAAAGUCACCAUUGGCGAAGCCCUUUCAUAAGAUCUCAAUGGCUCAGCUCCGCGAUAAUAACAGAUCAUGGUUGGAAGGUGGAUCGACAGAAGCUUCAUCGGGAUUAAGCGAUGAGUAAGGGUCAUUGAGUGUUUGUCCAGUAAAGAGAUAGAUUUGAUACAAUGAAGCUGCAAUUUGGUGAAAGUGAUUGAGAUUAUAGAAGUGUAUGGGCUUCUGCAAAUUAUUUAGGUCGUGUUAAACAUUUUCCUGGACUAUGCUAGAGUAGUGAGAAGCAGUAUCCAUAGGACAACCGUUUAUUUUUCUUAUUUUCAGUAAGAUUGUAAUGCCUGAUCUAUGAACUUAA